CAUCUUGUUUCGGAAUCCGUUUACAAAAGAACUUUUUUUCGUAAAUGAACGAUGGCAAGCGAGACGCUUGCUCGUGUAGGCCUCUUCGUUGACGAAUUAAACAAAGUCCGUAUUGUGGAUCCUGAAGUGACAAAGCAAACUGAAGAGCUCAAAGACAACUGUAAAGAAUUUGUUUCGAAAAUGGACGAAUUUCAAAGCAUCGUUGACAAGUACAUCAACGUAGCUGAAAAGCUGGCAGAAUCUGUUGAGCACGAAAAGAUGAAAGCCAUAGGCGCAAGAAAUUUGCUCAAAUCUGUUGAGAAACAGCGAGAAAUGCAGCAACAACAGCUGCAAGCUCUAGUGCUUGAGAAAAGGAUCCAUCUGGAAAGGCUCAACGUUCAGUACAACGCAUUACGAAGGGAGGAAGCAGAACAGAAUGAGACCAUUGAGCAUUUCUUGAUGCAGAGAUAGAAGCAACUGACCAUUCUUAAUAGAUUAAUAGGAUAAUAGGAUUAAUUAAUCAACAGAAUUAAUAGGAGAGCAAGUUCUACAGCAGGUGUACCGCUUUCUCAUCCUUACAGCUAAUAAAAUAACAUAUCAAAGACA